AUGUUGAACGAACAAUACACGGAAUGUAGAGUUCUACCCACCAUCAAUGAAACUUUCCCUCGAUUUGGUCGAUCUAUUGCAUCGCUGCUCUCGCCACUUGACUUAUCGUUGCGCGCCUCCAACAUCAUACCGAUAACACCACCCUCAACACCCUCUCCGCCGCGCAAGCGUCAAAGAUUAAUGUCAGACGAGAAUUACCUUUGGCGACCGCACGCCAUGGGAACCACACAACUAACACCGUUAACAACGUUGCCACCAGCAACUGCCACAGCCACAGCAGCAGUGUCCACCACCGUCACUGGUAGCAAUUACCUGCCUCAACUACCUUUAAGCUACGAUUGUCGUCAUGAUGAAUUAGCGCCGCAUCACGCAGCGUCCAGCGGCUAUAAAAACAAUUUGCACGAAAUAAGAAAUAGCGCUGAAGAAAUUCCAGAAAGUCAAGUAACCGCAAUGCGCCCCAUUCCACAUGAGACAACAAUGCGAGAGCCACAACAACAACCAUCCUUACAACAAACGCCACAACAAAGCCAAUUGCCCAUUAUAUGCGUGGACGACGAAACGAUUGUGCUGACCGAAGACGAGGAGGAAACACUUGUCAGUUCACACGGCUACUCUGAGGACAUGGAUGACGAAGAAGGCGACGGCGAGGACGAUGACAAUGACGAUGAUGAAGCUGUGGUGGGGGCGUUUAGGAGGGCUGCUUUUAGACCAACAUUGUACACGGAUAUUAGUGAUGAGGAGAGUAAGAAAAAAUAUGAUGCGGGAAGGGACGAUGGCGACAAGGCGGAGGAUGAGGACGAAGAGUAUGUAGACAUCUUGAGCAACGAUGACGACGACGUAAAUCCGCUCAAUAGCGCCAAUUUCAUGCAACGUCUGCAGAGUCAAGCACUGGAGGAGGAGCUGGAAAAGUCCGGCAAAGUAUUGACGCGCAACAAACUCACCUACGCGAAUGAGGAGUUGCAUCAUCGAGCCAUUGAUGGUUUGGCAAAAUUAUUCGAAAGAGAUUUUCUUGUACCAAAGACAAUGAAAGCUAACAAUUUUGGUCGCCACCAUCAACAACGCCCCCACAAAACGGAGCGAAAGCGUAUGAAACUGCGCAAGCAUCAACUCGCAGUCGACGAGGAGACCAUUAGCCCAGUCUCGGGCACCAUUAUAAGGAAGUUGCGCGACGACGAAGAGUUGGUGGUGCGUAAAGGCGACAUUGAUCCGGCUUUCAAUGUGGUUGAAAUCACCGAAGAGGCUAAGGCGAUUUUGGCCAGCAUCGACAACAAAAUCGGCGCUUACCUGUGCCAACUGUGUCGCACACUGUACGAUGAUGCAUUCCAAUUGGCACAGCACCGCUGCCCCCGCAUUGUGCACAUCGAGUACAAGUGCUCCGAGUGUGAAAAGGUAUUCAAUUGUCCCGCUAAUUUGGCCUCACAUCGUCGCUGGCACAAGCCCAAGUCCGAGCUAAUGGCCAGCAGUGGACAAAGCAAAAAGCGACACUUGAACGAACACGCCAGUGGACAAGGCAUGGCGCAUGAGAAGGGCAACGCAGCCGAUGAGGGACCAGAGGGUAUUUACCCGUGUGCGCAGUGUGGCAAAAAUUUUCGACGUCACGCCUACUUGAAAAAGCAUCAAGCAUCCCAUCAAAUGUUGGAAAAUCUCAAAUCAUUGGACAUUUUCAAAGGUUCUUCCUCCAUUACAAAUCCCGGUUUUCCGCAUCCAAUGCCACAGCCAAAAAAUCACUUCCCCUUCAGCAACGUGCCGGUAACAGCAACCGCACCCCGUUUACCACACACCCACACACCCCACUUCAGCUCCAAUCACCCGCACACUAUUAAGCCUUAUCCGCAACGUUUCAAUACCUUUCCCUUCCCAACCUUUGAUCAACGUCACUUCUAUUCACUGGGCGAAUUUUAUAUUUCCCAACAAUUGGAUCGCUCUUCCGCUUUCGAGUAUGCACAGGCAAAUCAUUUGCGUAACUUAACCGCUGCAGCGGGAGCUUUUGCGCCACGCCCCCAACUUGUACCACCACCACCCACCCUCUUGGCUGCAAAAUGA